UAUCCGGGAACAGAUUUACCAUGGACAGUCCACUAAAUCAGGCUCAUCAGCAGAGUAGAAAGGCAGAUAUGAUGUUGAAGUGUAAAAAGUUUGAAGAGGCAAUGGUUUGUCACAGAAGAGCUGCAGACUACUUGUUAGAAGCUUUACAGACCACAAACUCUGAGUUAGCCAAAGAGUCUAUCUACCACCAACACCAGUAUCACCUUAGACAACAGGAUAAUCUUCAACAUAAAAUAGACAGAGAGGAACGCAUUCAGUACAAUAAAACUAUUACCCCACUGAUUAGACAUAACCAAAGUACACAAACUGAUAAGGAAGUCAAUGAUGAGGCAGUACUACAUGCCAUGUCUGACACGGAUUCUGUACUAGGGUUUCUCGUCAAUAGAAAUAAAACAUUUAGUGAUCCAAGGAAUAAAGAGUUAACUGUGCAUUUUAGAACAGAGAAACAAAAUAUAACACACAGUAUAACAAAAAUUCCCAGAGAUGAUAAAGAUAUUCUGGAAGAAAUGUAUGUAAAAAAUCAGGAACUAGAGAAACAAGUUAUUCAGCUCAGUAAAGAGGUGAUGGAUCUGAGAGGAGAAAAGAAACUUUUACAUGAUAACUUAAAAUUGAUCGAAUCAGAUGGUAAAGACAUGUUUGAUAUGGGAGAGGGAUCGUGUAUACCUGAUCUUAUGCUGCCUCCACUUGAAAUGCCUCAGUUUGACCUUGAUUCAUUGAAAAGUCAAACUGAGACUGAUACUGAAACACUUACACUAUUCAGCAAUGAUUAAUAUAUCCUAUAAUGAAUAAAAAUAGUUUUUUAAA